UGGUUUGUGUGACAAAAUAAGACUUUUCAUUUAGGUAUUUAGUUAAAGAAACGUGCCAAUUAAGAGAUUUUUAUUCGUUUUUGCCCAGGUGAGUUAAUUUAAUGCAAUGAUUAGAAUGUAAACAGUUUUGAGGUUAUGUUUAUUUUCAAUCACUAAGGAAUAAAAACCACCUGAGCAAAAACGAAUAAAAAUCUCUUAAUUAACACGUUUCUUUAACGAAAUACCUAAAUGAAGUCUUAUUUUGCCACACAAAGCACAUAAAUGAAAAAUUCCUUAUGACCAUUUAAGGUUACAAACAAAAUUGUUUGGAGCCAAUAUAAGCUCCUCCCAAUUUUGUGACAUUUGUGACGUCAGACUUAGGCUGUCCAUUAUUAAUGAAACACCCUGUAUAUCUAUUGGAAGACGCCCUCUGCAGUGGUGAAAAACAACUAAUAGUGCCAAAGAAUAUUUUUUUUGUAUACCUCGAAGGCUCAAAACGUAAUCAAAACCUUUGUAUAAAAAAGUUAUAAGCAUAAAUACUUCUUCUUUACAAGUAUUUAAGAAUAUUGUCUUUUUUUAAAAUUGUUUACAAUUUAGAAAAUUUCAAAAAAUUGUCACGUGGUCUAUCAAAAAAGUCAUAAUUUAAAUGUCAAUGUCAAAAAAUAACCUUUCAAAAAAAAACUUUAGUGUUUGAUGCAGUUUGAUGUUAUUUUUGGGGUUAUUAAAAGGAUUUUAUAAAUUGAUGGUUUUGAGAUGUACUGGCCAGGAUGUUUCGUCAAUAUAGAUUAUUCCAGCGCAUUUUUCGAUUGUACAGUCAUCGCAAACCAGGAAUUGUAAACUUUAGACAAUUUAAGAAUAUCAUAAAGUUAAAUCUGCUGACUGGAACUAAAAUUUGCUGUACUGCAUUGAUGGCUGAAAAGGUGUUGCAAGAAUCACUAGAGGAUGAUAUUACUAAAGCUUUACAAGAAGGAGAAGAUGCUAUUAUCAAACUAAUGAACCAAUUGAAAGAUUUUGUAGUAGUGGUGAGCCAGGAAUAUAGAAGUUGCUUAUUAAAACAAAUGGAAAUUGUUAAGAAAGCCUCUGAUUUAGGCUCCUCAACAGAAAUAUGGGAUGAAUUACCACACUAUAGAACCUUAGCUAGUGAACUUAAUAACGAAAUAAUUGAAUAUUAUACCUUAUUCAAGACAUUGGAUGCUUUAGCAAAAAAUAAGUCUGUUUUAAGGGAUACUGGUGAUCAUGUAGUGAAAGAUGUUUUACAAGUGUUCCAAGAGAUACAGACUUUUAUAGAAAUGCAAGUUGCUGAGAAUCAGAAGAUGGAGAAAGAGCUACUGAAAGUAUUAGCGGACUCAAUAAUUAAAGAGACUAUACAAGACGUUUCUAGUGAAGAAUACUAGUUUACAUUUUUAUUUAUACCUAUUAUGUUUACUCAAUAAAACCUGUUAAUUUAC